UGUCCACUUGUCUGAGUGCAAGCGAGGAGUGCGGGUGCGGGACUUCAGUCGCCUCGCAUUUUCAACGCGUUGACCUUGAGGAGAUUAAAUCUCAGCAAGUUUCUCACCAGCGGCAAAAACCAGCGAGUUCACGGAUUGUACACCUUCAGGGGAAUUAAAACUCGCCACCAUGGCGAGAUUUAUUCGCCAAUUCUCCGUGUUAUUUUGGAAAAACUGGCUUACUCGUUUGCGUCAACCGGUGCUGUCCCUGUCAGAGAUCAUCUGGCCAUGUCUCCUGUUUCUCAUUCUGCUUGGAGUGAGAGUUCAACAUUCCCCUCUUCAACGAGAUAAUUGUUAUGUGGAGCCACGGACUUUGCCCAAUGGUGGACUUUACCCCUUCAUUCAAAGUAUUUUUUGUGACAUUGGUUCUAGCUGUCAUAAUGUAUCAUUCACAGAAGCAAGGGACAUUGCUCAAAAAUCCAGGUCAUCACUAAGCCUUACAGUGGGUAGUGGGUCCGAUCUGCUGAUAACAGUCGAAGAACUUGGAAAGCAAAUCAAUGGAACCAUACAACAAGCAUCCAACCUACAGAACAAAAUAAAUGAAUUGCUUGGACCAACAGGUGAAACUGCGAAUCUUGGACCAUCCUUGAUGGCUCUGAAUGAAAUGGAGAAAAUCACUUACGUAAUAGAAAGAAUUCACAAUGAAACAUAUACCUGGGAAAUUCUGUUUAAUCUUCCAAACCUGUUGGAUGUACUGACGAAUGAAGACUUUUUAAGCAGCGGGAUUGGUAUCAUGGCUGAAAUGCUGAUGAAUCUAAAAAGAUUAUUGGAAUCAGUGAAAGACCUGAUCAGUCCAUCUGAUGAGAAUAUAUAUUUGGAUGUAGAUGCCACGUUCAACCUGACUAUCAGUGCAAUGGACAUUGUGCGCUAUGUUUAUACUCAAGUCAUGAAACUGGAUCUGAAAUUGAUGGAUAUUUUGUGGAAUCGUGAAACAGUGAAGUCAAUAUUCAUAAAUAAAUUUAAGCUGGAUCCCAAAGAUGUUGAGCUGCUGAUGAAUAUGUCCAUUAAUAUAUACCAGUUUCCCAUCCUGCAAAAUAUGAACAAUUUCCAAUCAUAUGUGGACAUCAAGGUGAUCAAAUUUUCAGGAAUACCUCACUAUUUUUCACAGUACGUCUCACGUAUUCUGUUCACUUCCAUUGACAAGUUGAAAAUCAUGAAACAGAUCUUUUAUCAUUUGGAAAACAAUGGAGUAGUUGAUUUCUUGGCGACCAAGUUUGAUGAAAUGUUGGCAGCAUUAAUAAGACCUUUGACAUUCAACCAGGAUUUAAACACAACUACUUCAAUACAACAGACUAUUUACCUAAUCAGAAACAUCACUCAUCUCACCUUGCAGUUUAAAAACAAUGCAUCAUCAGAAGAGUUACAAAAGUACCAAGACAAUCUGGAGUCUAUGCCACAGUGGCCUUGGAUCAAGAAAAGGCUCAUAUUAGACAAAUUAUUCAGAGACAAUUAUAUUGAAUCCAUCAACUUCAAGAAAGAUAUUUUUCUUCUAAUGAAGAAAGUGUACUUCAGCGUGGGUGUGAAUGAUGUGAGCCGGAUUAUUAUGGAUGCCGAUACCCUAAUAUCAGAAAUGAAAUCGAACCGGACCAAAAAUGUAACCAUCACAUGCAGUGAAAUUGUCUUGAAGAUGAAAGAUGUUCUCAAUCUUCCAGAGAAGUUAUUUUUAAAUACAACCUUAACGUCUCUUGCCUGUGGGCAGGAUCUGCUCGGUUUUCCCUGGAGAACAAAUAACUUCCUUAAGGCUCAGAACAUAUGGCUUGAUGCAAUAACGAAUGGUGUGCAACCGGAAUUUCACAUCACAGUCGUAGAUAUGUACAAAGGCUGGCAUGAAGUAUUUGCAGCAUAUGACUCCUACUACAAAUUCAGCGAAGAUUUCUUUUCUAGCUUUUCAGAAAAUGUGACAAUAAAUUCUGAGCUUUGGAAAAAUUUUGAAUUCAGCACUUUACAUCAAAAUCUCUUGUGGAACCUGGUCUUUGAUAUGUUUGCUGCACAUGGAUCUGCAAUGGAGAGCAGUGAUUGCUGGCCAGGCAUAGAAAAGUGCGUUAGAGCAAUGUGCUGGGUGAUAGAAAGCUCAAACCAACCACUUGAAGGAAAUGGAUGUGAUGAAGGGAAAAUCAACUGGAGAAAUCUGUUAAACGAGACUCUGAUAUUUGUACAGAAUGCUCAAAAUGAUUAUGGCACAUGGCAGAAGUGGUUUCUGAAUGCAAUGCUGAAGUUUUUAAAUCGCCAAAGCAUAAUAAAACUAAGUGCAGAUGAUAUACAGAUCAUCAGUCAAAUCUUUAAUGAGAACAACACUAUGCUUGGAAAAAUCCAAGGAUUACAGUCAGUUGCAAAGAUUAUUUUGGAGAAUACACAACUGUGGAUGAGCAACUAUUUCAAAACAGAAGCUGAUACAUCUUCAAUCAUGGAUGCUUUGCUUGAAUUUAUACAAGUAAAUAAUGGCAACUUUAAUGUCUCCAAAAUAAAGGUUUUAAUGAAUCAAUUGUCAAAAGGACUGCCAUCAGAAUUUGUUGAAUUAUCCAACAUUGUGCUCAGUGCACUAGAAAAGGGAAUAGAAGAUGCAACAAUUUCCAACCCCUUCCAAGAUCAGAUCAACAGAUUUAAUGCUAUGUGGUCCAAUUUGCAGAAGAUACUCUACAAUUCCACAGACCUUUCAACAAAAGGUUUAAAUUUCUUCUGGAAUUUUACUUCUUCAUUAUGGAUUGGAUCAACCGAAGCCAACCCAGAUUAUGUCGAAGUUGCUAAAAUGUUUUUACAAUAUUUGAACAAUCUUGGUUUGCUCCCUCAAGAACAACUUUCUUCUGUAGUGGAUGCCAUCAGCACAUCAAAAAAUGUUGCAGUAAAUGGGUCUUCUACUCAAAAUCUAACUCAUCUGCAAGCUAUGGAGCUGCAGUUAUUCAGGGUUUUGGAAGCAAUGGAUAGAGAAAAUAAAACACAACUUCUGGAGACAUUUUAUAAUAUGAUUCAAGCAGUUUUAACAAUGUCAAAUGCAACUGAUCUCUCAUCAUUGGUAACUGCAUUCGGGACUAAUUCUGAAGAUGUUUUCAUUUUUCUUGAGCAGUUUAGCGCUGAUGACAUUGGUGAGGCGCUUGAAACAGUUGCAAAAAUUAUUGCUGUUUUUCACAACAUGUCAAAGGACAAUCUUGCUGAAAAUGUAUUGAAACUGUAUCUCUUUGCUCAAUCGGAAAUAGAAGGAAACGCCACAAUUACAGGACCAGCCCAACAACAGAUAAAAGAAACAAUUGCAAAUCUCACAGAAGCUUUCCGUAAUAAUACAAACAACAUUACUUGCUUACUGUUACAAGCACUGCAGUCUUCAUCUGUCCCAAUAUCUGAUCUUUGGUUGACACAAUAUUGUUCCAUGUAUAAUCCUGCAAGAAAAAUACGGUCUUUGGACAAUGGCUCUAAUUCACAAACAAGUGAAAAUUUAUAUAAUUCCUUUGUGGAAAACAUGAUCAUCAGCUUAACGCAUACAAAUAGAGAAACAGCUUUAUCCACUUUAUCAUGUAUGGCAGAUUUGUUUCUGUUUUGGACAGAUAUCAUAGAAGAGGUAGCAGUACAAAUGCAUAUGGAUUUUACUGCAGUUAAUCACCUUCGUACGGGCCUAGUGGAGAUUUCAGAAAAUCUGAAUCAAACAUCAGAAUGUACUAAUUAUGUUGUAAAAAACAACAUCGUUGCACUGAACUUCUUUCUGCAGAACAUCACUUCCACAGCUGGCUUUAACCUUCAGAACUUGUACCAAGUGAAAAUGAAUAAUGUAAUUAUCUUACAGCAGAUCGUGAAUUCAGCAUUUCCAUUUCCAGUUGACAGCAACCAGCUCCAACAUCUUUCAGAAGUUAUGGAGGACAUGUUCAGUUUGUUUCAAGGUCAAAAUAUUAAUUAUUGGAACAGUAUUUCCAAAUUCAUAGAAACCCUUGGACCAAUGUGGCAUUUGGAAGGCCCUCAGCAGGAAAUGUUCUAUUCAGUCCUUUAUGCUUUUGGAAACUUAGAUUCCACCACUGAUUUGUCAGGUAUUGAAAUGGUCUUCAGGAAUAUUCUUACAUUUUCUAACAGCAUUGUUAACAUGGACUACUAUGUUCAAAAUUUGAAAGAGUUCUUCAGCUUAAUGACAAAAUAUGAGAACAGCAGUGACCAGUUUCCAUACAAAGCCUCAGUGGUGUUAAUGAAGCAGUUAAUGCUCUCUAACAACUCAAAUACAGGGGGAAAUGAAAGGGGAAAAAUGUUGCAGUGGCUGAAUGUGAUGACGAAUACCAAUCUUUCUGAUCUCUCACUUUCAUUUCUGGCAAAUAUAUCUAAAGUUCCAAUCUACAGAUUAAACAUAUUGGAAAUGGAUAACAAAAUGAGGCGGAUAAAGGAAGUAAUUUUCCAAGUGCAGAAUUUAACGGAGCGGCUCAAUAGUCAAAAUGCAUCUUGCACUUAUUACUAUGAUAUCAUUGCUUUACUGGAAAUGAUGUGUCCUAGUUCUAAUCCACGCAAAAAUGAAAGCUUUCAGGUUCUCAGGAUGUCCAUUGAAUUAGCAUAUAAUAUGUUUAAUAAUAAAAACAUGUCAUAUGACUUAAUUGAAGAGUUGAUGAAACAGAUUCAAAGCCGAGGAAAUAGUAGUGCAACAGCAGAAGUGAUGUUUGGCCGACUUAGUAAAUUUGUCAGCAAGAAUGUUACCCUCCAUGAAUGGUAUUCACCAAUCUUUACGGAUCCUCAAACAUUUUUUUUCAAAGACAGACGAAACAUGAUUCCUUUAUUAUUGAGUAGGUUAUUGCAACGUUUCUCAAAUGCUCCUGACGACCAGAUUACCUUGCCAGAAAAUAUAACUGAUGUAAUUUACAAUCUUACAACAACCUUACAGUCGAUCAAAGAUAUAUAUUCCAUGAAAGAGCAACUCAAGCAAAUGAAUGCUGACCUUACACGGAUCAUUAAAGGCAUAAACGGAACUGAGGAUAUAGAUGCUAUAUUGACAAGACGGGCAAGAAUUUUGAAAUAUAUGCCAGAAGUUCAAAACAUGACAAAUACUGUACGUGCCAUCAGAUUAAUUUUACUAGAGACUGGAAAUGAGAAUUUUCCACAAACUAUAGCCAUUAUUUCUGAUGGAAUUACACUUGUGCAAAAUCUUACUACCAAGAAUGUGAGUCAAACAUUGCAAGCUCUUCACUUGUUUGCUUUGGCCCAUCAACCUGAUGGCCUAAACCCUAGCCAAGGAAACCAGGCUGAACUUAACGAGAAAGUGAUCAGAUUGAUACAGGAAAUUUCUGUUUCGACUAAUUCAUCAUUGGCAGCACAAUGUUUGCCUGUGGCUGUCUGUAACUUGCUGUCAGAGGGUGCAUCCCUUAAUGAUAGUGAUCACAUUUUUAAUGGUUGUAACUUAAAGGCAAUGCAAAAUCUCAGUACAGCUUUGAAUUUGGCAGAUGAUAUUAAACAGCUCAUUGGUAGAACUGCCCAAGGAUCGGCAAAGGUAGAAUGUCUUGGAAGCACCGUUUCUGCAGAUGUCCUUCAGCAAGUAGGUUGUGUUCUUCAGCAGUAUGAAGAGUGGAACACAAUUCUGGUCAACAUAUCUAAGAUUUAUGGCUUAAAGUGUCCAGUUCUAAUAAAACUGCAAGGAAUUUGGAAUAAUUUUUCUUAUUUCGGAGUUUCCAACAACUCAAAUUGCUCAAUUAUAAAAUUAAGGCAGGCUGAUAAACUGCUGACCUUGAUUGGUAAUACGACUUUGACGAAUAUGACUUCUGCUGAACAAAUGAUUUAUAUUCUAUCUGAUGUAAGGGACACAGUGCAUUCAAUGACUGGCAACAAAUCAAAAUCCGUACAGAGCACUGUUAAUAUUAUGAUCAAUUAUUUUAAAAAGGCAGGACAAGAACUACCCUUGAAUUUCAAAGAAAGUACCUCAACGCUGAUUUAUUCUGUACAGUCAUUAAUUUCAAUAUCAGAUUACAAAAACGAUGACUUGACAUCAGUGCUGAAUGACAUACUAGAUUGCCUUAAUGCAAAUAUUAAUUUGAUUGAUUUUUUGGAGACCCUGUCAACAGAUAUUAACAAAAUAUUAAUUGACAAUAUGAUGAAUCCUGAAAUGAGAGACCUAUUGCCAGCUGCAGACAACAUAAUUAACUUCCUGAGAAAUAUGACAACAGGGGAUUUCAUUGACCUCGAUGUGGUGCAACUUAAUGCAACACUGAAUGAUGUGGAGGAGAUUCUGGAAGGAAUGCAACUGAUGUCCAACAAUACUGGUAAAAACCAUCUCAAAUUAAUUAACAUCAUUAAAUAUUUUCUAAAAGGACAAAACGCCCCUCAAGGAGAUAUUGAGCUGUUUAUAAGAACUUUGAGCCUGAUGUGCAAUAUUUCACAGCUGCUAAUGGGCCCUGAUGCAUCUGGUUUUAAUGUCUAUCCAAAUUUUCUUCCUUAUAUCAUCACUGUACUUUCCAAUGAGAACAUUAACCAAAGCGUCAAUGAUUUGCAAAAUUUAAGUGAUUUUUUGGAGGAAAUUUACUUGGAUUCAGAUCUUCCAACUGAAUUUCAGCAAGUAAUGGUAUACAAGGUAGCUGCAAUCCUAAAUCAAUUGCUGCCAAUGAACCAAAAAAUACCUAUGAAUUACACAGAUGUCACCAGUAAUGUUUUGCUGCAGAUUCUAGAAAUUGACUUUAAUGGAAAAGGCAAAGACUCUGAAUUCAGACAAAAGACAUUGAAAUUGAUGGAAUUGCUCAAAGACUUUCUUGAUGGAGUGCACGGGUAUGAUCCUAUGAAGGACGCACUAGGAGAGGCCUUCGGAGUCAUCAAACUGUUCUUUAACUUUACUGAGGAUCUCAGUCAGGAAAACAUUUUCACAAGUUUGGAGGCUAUGUGUCAGUUUGAAUGGUUUGGCAAGUACUUGACAUUAAAGAAAUCGCAUCUCCUACAGUUAAAGCUGCUCAACCUCUUAUUGGAAAAAAGGUACUUUGUUAAUGAUGUCAUCUGUAUACAGAAAGAAUGUCAAAAGUUUGGAAGUCAUCAAAUUCAUAUAAUGACUGAGUUAUUCACUUUAAUGGCUGAAUUUAAUGAGACUGUACAAGAAGAACUUUCUGCUCCAGUCCCAGAAGGCUGUCUGAACUAUAUCAAUUACCAAAAGCAAAUACAAAUUGCUGUAAAUCAAACAAAAGAGGCAAUGAAUGAUGCAAUGGAAAACUACAACUGCCAAUGUGAAUCGACUCAAUCACUGCAUAUUCAACUGAUCGAAAGUUUUGAAGCCCUGUGCCAGAUUGAUUUUUUUGGUAACCAUCUAAAAUUAAUGAAAGAAAAUCUCUAUCAAUUGAAGUUUCAAAAUCUCUAUUCAGAAAAAUUGUACUUAAUUAAUGAUAUAGCGUGUGCAAUGGAGACCUGCAAAGGGAAUAUUACAGGAAAUAUAUUCCAUGCAGUGACAGAACUGCUUAAUUUUACGACUGACAUCAAAGCGGUUAUCGAUGAAGUUUCCACUCCAACACAGAAUGACUGUGAGAGUUAUUUUAAUUAUUACAAGCAAGUGCAAAUUGCCUCUAAUCAGACAAAGCAAAGAAUAGAGAAUGCACUGAUGAACCAAAACUGCCAAUGUGACGUAACUCCAUCACUGACCAAACAGCUGUAUGAAAGAUUUAAAUAUGCUGUUAGAACCCUUGGCCAACUAUCAACAAAUAGUUCCACUAUGAUAGCACUUGAAAACCUUGGAACUUUUCAAGAUUUACACAUAGAGAGUUGUGUGCAAAACAUCACUACUCUGAAAACACAGUUGCAGCAGAUCAGCAACAUUUCAUUUGAAACCAUUGAUGCAUUACUGAGGGCAAACGUCAGUCUUUCAGAGUUAAUUCUUCGUACUCAUGCCACUGCAGACAGAUGUGAUGAGAAAAACAUAGCUCGAAUGUUGUCCUUUCCAGCUGGUGUAAAUACAUCAGCUGUGGCUGCACAAUUAUGUUCUUUGUCAUUUCGGGACCGUCAUAAAUUUAUUUUAACCAUCAGUCGUGGCAUGGAUGUAAGAUGCUUCAUUUAUAAGGCCUUUCUGCCAUUGAUGAUUAGCCCUGAAGCCAAUCAAAUCAUUCAGAGUAUCCUGGAGAUUUUCUCUGACAUUGGUGCCCUUGCUUCUCAAUCACUACAGUUCCUGGAUCUUGUUCCCAAGCUUUUGGACUCUGUCAGGAACAUGAAUCUUCCAUCUCUUAUCGAAAUAGAUGAGCCUGUUCAAGCAAGGUCUCUGGCAAAUAAUCCAUCUUCUAUUCGAAAUGGCAUCUUCAAAGGAAUAUGUAAAACAAAGUCAAACGGACUAUUUGACGAAGGCUUGCCAUUCUCAGACCUCCCUCCAAUUGAGAAGCUCACUGAGGAAGAUUACAUCAAAUACAAGAUUCCUACAAACACCACACCUUACUGCCGGGACUUUUAUGAGGAUAUUAUAAAAUCACCAAGUGGGCCAUUGUUGUGGACUUUCAUGAAGCCGCUGCUUCUUGGUUAUAUACCAUACUCUCCCAGUACACCAGAGAUCCUGACGUUGAUGGAUAAGGCUGAUGGGAUACUGGAUACAGUUGAAAGCCUGAAGAUCUAUUCAGAAGUAUGGUUGAAAGCUGUGGAAUCUUUAUCUGUUCCAGAAACCCCAAUGUUGGAUGAACUUCAGGAGGCUUUGCAAAAUAAUUUUGUACGCAAUUUUAUUGAGAGCCAAACGAAAGUUAAAGUUGAAGAUCUCUUGAAAGCAUUACAAGAUUAUGAGAAUGUGAAGAAUAUUAUUGUAACCGAUCCAGUCGCAAAACAGGUCACUAUUCUCUCAGAGUUGAUGAUUAAUGUCUCAUCCUGCAUAUCAAUUAAACGCUUCAUACCUCUGAAAUCAAAAGAAGACUUGGAGGAAAAAGUGAAAGAGCUAAUGGCAGAUAACACCUUCCUAGCUGGUGUAACAUUCGAUUAUGAUAAUGAUGGCAACACCUCGAGAAGGGCACGAUCAUUGUCCUCUCCACUUCCAUCUCGACUGAAGUACACUAUUCGGACCAACAUUCUGCACAGCAUGACAACGGAUUUGCUGGAAAAUCCCAAAUGGAUAUCUCAGCCCAAACAUAUUCCAACAGAAAGCCGCCGCUACAACCUUGUCUUUAUUCCAUUGCAGGAUAUGAUUGAGCGAGCGUUCAUUGAAGUGCAGACUGGUCAAGAUAUUUCUAGUACUGCAGUACAGGUGGCAGCAAUGCCAUAUCCCUGCCACAAAAAUGAUCAGUUUCUCAACAACAUAGGCUUCUUUCUUCCAUUGCUAAUGAUGCUGGCGUGGUUGAUUUCCAUGGCUUCCCUGGUGCGGAAUCUUGUGUUUGAAAAGGAGCUUAGGCUGGAAGAGUACAUGAAGAUUCUGGGAGUGAAACCGGUAACCAACUUUCUGGUCUGGUUUUUGGACAACUUCAUCAUCUUGAUAUUCAGCAGUGCUGCCAUCACUAUUAUCCUUAAAGCAGGCCACAUUCUCCCAAACAGUAAUGGAUUCAUAGUUUUCCUCUAUUUUGUGGAUUUUGGAGCUUCAGUUAUUUCAUUGGGCUACUUGAUUUCAACCUUUUUCAGCCAUGCUAAUACAGCAGCCCUCAGUGCCUGUUUGCUCUACAUCAUUACCUUCUUUCCCUACAUGGUUUUUGUUGUCGUACAGAACCAGCUCAACUUUACCAGCCAGAUUCUAAUCUGUCUCUUAUGCACAACUGCAUUCAGCCAGGGAGCCUAUAUUAUCACUCUUUUUGAAGGGGAAGGACCAGGAAUCCAAUGGAAUAACAUGUAUGAAGUCAUUGGGAGUGCAGAUAAUGUGUCUUUUGCGUGGGUUUGCUGGAUGAUUGUAAUCGAUUCACUGAUAUAUCUCAUUCUUGGCUGGUAUCUACAUAACAUCUUCCCUGGUAAAUGUGGAACCCGCAGACCUUGGUAUUUCCCAUUCACAAGUUCGUAUUGGAUGAAUCUGCAUAGUUGUGCAAAAAGACAUGAUAGGAAGAUAGGAGAAGGCUACUGGGCACAAAAUCUGAACAAUUACAACCAGCAAAUGAAUGCAAAGGAAGAUCAUUUGGAUUAUAUGAACUUGCCUGUGAAAGAAGCGAAGCCCAUUAAGUUGGAGAUCGGCGUAGCUGUAAGGUCUCUCACCAAAGCUUAUAGGCACAAUAAAAAAGUAGCCGUUAGCGACUUGAACCUUGAUUUCUACAAAGGAGAAAUUACAGCUUUGUUGGGACCCAAUGGAGCAGGAAAGACAACAACAAUGUCAAUGUUAACUGGCUUGCACCAGCCUAGCUCUGGAGUGAUCUAUGUUAAUGGAAAGAAUAUGAAUCGAGAUUUGUCAGCCAUUAGGGAAGAGCUGGGAGUGUGCCUACAACAUGAUGUCCUCUUUGAGAGCUUAACUGUGCAUGAACACUUGGUGUUAUAUGGUGUAAUAAAAGCACCACGGUGGACAAAACAAAAGCUGCUUGAAGAGGUGAACAUUGUACUUGACAAUACAGGAAUUCGUCAAUAUCAAAACAAAUGUGUGAGUACUUUGUCUGGAGGAACAAAGAGAAAGCUCUCUUUAGCGAUUGCAUUUAUUGGAGGUUCCUCUACUGUAAUUUUGGAUGAACCCACCAGUGGCAUUGAUCCUUGCUCUCGACGUAAAAUCUGGGAUAUAAUAUUGAAAUACAGAGAAGGUCGAACAAUAAUUUUCACCACUCAUCAUUUGGACGAAGCUGACAUCCUGAGUGAUCGAAUUGUCAUUCUCGAAAAUGGCCAGUUGAAGUGCUGUGGUUCUCCUUCCUAUCUGAAGGAAGUACAUGGUCAUGGUUACAGUCUCAUUAUGUCAAAAAAGCCUUCUGCAGCAGGAUCUCGUGAGUCAUGUGAUGUUGGCCUUGUUACCUCUCUGGUAAAGGAACAUAUUCCACAGGCCUUUCUCAAAGAAAAUGCCUUUGGAAAUUUGACAUAUGUCAUCCCCACAGCGGAAGAUAAAACUGCUUAUGAGAACUUGUUGCAUGCUCUGGAUGAAAACAUGGAAAACCUACAUUUAAGCAGCUACAGCAUCUCCGAUACUACACUGGAAGAGGUUUUCAUGAACUUGCUACAGAAUGAAACCAAUUCAGUGCAGGACCAUGACCAGGAUAGCGAGUCUCUAAAGUCUGAGAGCACAGAAUCUACUGGGCGCGACAGUGUGGCAUUUGUUGAAGACCCAAGGGUGACUGGCAUAAGACUGGUUUUUAAUCAGAUGGCAGCUCUGAUGAUUAAACGUUUUCAUCACACACGGAGGGAUUGGAAAGGAGCCAUUGCCAACCUGCUGCUUCCUGUUCUCUUUGUCAUUUUAGCAAUGGCUCUAUUCAGUGUUAAGCCUUUAUCUUCUGAAUACCCUUCACUUCGAAUGUCACCGGAUAUGUAUCAGGAUUCAGAUGUUACCUUCUUCAGUUCUGACAAGAUGGACUAUCAAAACCUGACUGCAAAGUUGCUGAAGUCUUUCAACAUAAAUGAACCCUGCACCGGCCAAGCCUCUAAUUGGAAUAAUGUUCCAUGCUGGUCGAAUGGACCUUCAAACCCACAAUAUUCCAUGGAAAAGUGUAAAUGUGAUCAAGGUCAUCAGCAAUGUCCUGCAACAAAUACCACAGUGCCCAAUUUCAGAAACAAUGAUGGAAACUUCCUGUACAAUCUCACGGGCUACAAUUUGGAACGCUACUUAAUUUCAACCGAAAACAGCUUUGGAGUAAAAAGAUUAGGAGGAUUUUCAAUUGGAGAAGAACCACCCAAGGAUCUCAAAGGAAACAAUUUGAGUCAAAUUGAUAUUAAUUCUUUAGUGAAGGUAUGGUAUAAUCAAAGGGGCUUUCACGCAGAACCAGCACUCCUAAACCAACUCAAUAACCUCAUCCUCCGGGCCAACCUACCAACAGAUGCUAACUGGACAGAUUAUGGAAUUACAUUAUACAGCCAUCCUUAUCGUGGUGCUCUUCUGAAUGAUGACAAAAUCUUGGAGAAUCUUCGACAGUGUGGAGUUGCGUUCUGUAUCCUUCUGGGCUUUUCUAUUUUGACAGCAAGCAUUGGCGGCUACAUUGUACAAGAUAGACUCACUGGGCAGAAAAGGCUACAACAUAUCUCUGGUCUGGGUUACAGACUGUACUGGAUCACAAACUUCCUGUGUGAUAUGAUCUUGUAUAUGGUCCCCGUGGUGCUGUGCAUUUGUGUCUUUGCAGCUUUCCAGUUUCCAGCUUUCACUUACAGAGCCAAUCUAGGAGCCACGUCCCUACUCCUGAUCUUAUUUGGAUUUGCUACACUACCCUGGAUGUACCUCCUUUCAAGGUUCUUCACCAGUUCAGAUACUGCUUUUAUAACUUACACUGCAAUUAAUUUAGUGCUGGGACUUUGCACAAUUCUUGCAACCUAUCUUCCUCGCUUUCUGGGACUUCUAUCCAACAACAAGAAUUUACUGGAAAUUUACAAUGUACUUCGCUGGGCAUUCAUCAUCUUCCCACAGUUCUGCCUGUCCUUUGGGUUGGUAGAACUAUCCUACAAUCAGCUGCAAUUUGAUCUCACCAUGGAAUUUGGGAUAGACUCGUACAUGAGUCCAUUUAAGAUGGAAUACCUUGGCUGGAUCUUUGUUGCAAUAACACUGGAGGGAAGCUUUUUUAUUAUAAUUCGACUCCUGUUCCAAGGACAAUUAUUACACAAACUCAGAUGCAAUAAUUCUCAGGAUGCUGAAAAUACCAAUCACGAUGAUGAAGAUGUGAAACGGGAAUAUCAACGGCUUCAGAAUGGAGAAGCAAACAAUGACAUUAUACAGAUUCACAACCUAAAGAAAAGUUACCGUUUUCUAAACAAAAAUGUUAGAGCUGUAAGAGGAAUCAGCAUGGGAGUUCCGAUAGGAGAGUGCUUUGGUCUCCUGGGAGUGAAUGGAGCUGGGAAAACGACAACAUUCAAGAUGCUGACAGGAGAUGUAGGACCGUCUUCAGGACAUGCAACUAUUAGAACUACCACAGGAUCUGAACAAGAUAUUCUGGGUAGCAGUAUUGAUGGGACUAUGAUUGGCUACUGUCCCCAGUAUGAUGCAUUGGACGGUCUCUUGACUGGCCGGGAGCACCUGUGCUAUUAUGCUAGAAUCCGUGGCAUUCCAGAAAAGAUGAUCAAGAAAAGUAUUAAUGAUCUUGUUCAACGCCUGCAUCUAACCUUCCAUGUUAAUGAAGUAGUGAGAACUUACAGCGGUGGCACAAAAAGGAAGCUGUCAACAGCACUGGCAUUGAUUGGCAGACCUCAAGUUAUUUUACUGGAUGAGCCAAGCUCAGGAAUGGAUCCCGAAUCCAAACGUUUUCUUUGGAGAGCAAUCCUUAGUGAAGUGGAUGCUGGGUGUGCAGCCAUCUUGACAUCGCACAGUAUGGAGGAAUGUGAGGCCUUAUGUUCCAGACUUGCCAUAAUGGUAAAUGGAAAAUUCAAAUGUAUUGGCUCUCCCAAGCACAUUAAAAACAGGUUUGGCGAGGUUUAUACCGUUAAAGUAGUACUAAGUCAAAAAUCAACCAACUCAAUGGAGCUCACAGAAUUGCUGAUGUCACAUUUCCCAGGCACAACAUUGAAGGAAGAGCAUCAGUAUUCUUUGGAAUAUCAGGUGCCACAGAAAGACGUGGAGUUAGCAAAGCUGUUCCAUUUCCUUGAGAAUAACAAAGAACAACUCAACAUCAAACACUAUUCCAUAAGCCAAGCAACACUUGACCAGGUCUUCAUUAAUUUUGCUCGUCAAUUCGAGGAACGUCUGGAUCAAGCACCUGCAGAAAUAAACACAAGAAACCCAGACGUAUAGACCACAGUAAAAUAAAACGCUGAAAUUAAUUACAAGAUACUGACAUUACAGUGAAACAAAUUAAUGUUUUAUUCUCAGGAUUUGAUAGUUAAAUACCUGAGCCAUUUAUUUUACUGUCAACUGAAAAGAUUUUAUUCUAAAUUUAAAUUUGUCGAUCAAUCAUUUUGAUAAUGGAUUUUCAAAGCACUUUUUUGAAUGGUUCUAUUUUAUAUAUACCAUAAUUGGCGGAGUUUAUUAUUUAUUGGUUAAAUGCUUCCAAUUUUGGUGUAGUUAGCCUAAAGGAAAUUCAUCAAAUUAUAACCAUUGGAGUCAAAAUUAAUUCUUGUGCUAUUUUUCUAAUAAAACUUUCACUUAACGUAAUUUAAUUCUGUAACAUGAUUUUAAAAUUAAUGAUCUUAAGAAAAUAAAUAAAAUUCAAAGAAAUGUAAUCCAUGAAUGUAUACUUUUUUUCCCAUAAUCAAUGCAAUAAGCUGUUUAAUUUUGAUGGUGCAAAUAUGAGAUCAAACAAAUUGAUCCAUUGUCAAUGUCAUUUUUUUAGGAUGCAGCUACAAACAAUGUUUUAUUGGAGAUCUACUUGCAUUUAGUUCAUUAAGAUUUUGGAUAAAAAGGAAGUCCUUCCUCCCCCAAAUUUGCUCUUUUGACAUUCGGGCAGUUACAGCUCACAGUGGAUGCUGUUGUUUCAUGCAUGCUGGUUAAUGCAUGGUCACUCGGUUGAGUUGAUUCUCACACUCAAUUUUAACUUUAAAUCAUUUUUGUGAAUGCUCUGUGUACAUGGAUUAACGAGGCAAUAAUCUCCAGAUGUUCCAAGGUUUUUUUCUCAGGGUGAGCAUUAAUACAUUAAAAAGUGAGCUAACAUUGACUGUCGCAAGAUGUACUGAACAAAACUUAAUGUGUGCUUUCUUUUUAACUGAAUUCUUGGUGAACUAGACAGAUAUGUGUUGUAUGAAUCUAAUGUGGUCAUUUUAUAUAAACAUUAUAGUUAUUAAAUUGGUUAUUCUAUUAAAAGUGAAA